AUCUAAAUAGUUCUCUGCAUCUUCUCACGCCCCCUUUGCCGUCUAUCUCUGAAAUAAGCUCCCGCGCCGUCGUUCUCCCCGCCGCGCGCUUCGAUCUCCGCCGUCUUCCCCGCCGCCCGCUCCGAUAUCCGUCGUCUAUCUCUGCAUCUUCUCCCCAUCGUCGCCUUCAGUUGCUGCUGAAGGUCUGGAUUUCCUCAUUUCAAUUUCAAUUUCAAUCUGUAUCUGAUCAAACAGAUGCGCCGUCUAUCCCCGUCGUUUCAUCUUUAGGGUUCAGGGCAAGCUGUGGCGCUUAGAGUGACGGCUGAUCGUUGUGCAUUCUAUAAUUGCAGAUUUCUUGGUUGGCAGAUACCAAAGAACUAGGCCUAUAAUUAUUGAUCCUGGACUUUAUCACUCAAAGAAAUCUGGUGUUUUCUGGGCCAAAGAGAAAAGAUCGUUGCCUGCUUCUUUCAAGUUAUUCACUGUCUUGUCCUGUGCCCGUUUGCCAAUUGCUAGCUGUUGUGCCAUCGUCGUUGUGCUCUUACAUCAUUGUGUCCAGGGCGAAUUCAUCAAUUAGAGAGCAUUUCUAGGGCUUUAACGGUGUUGAUCGGGAAUUAUUCAAUGGAAGCCAAAGCGGAGGAGAACAAGUAUAGCAUAAUCGUUCCCACCUACAACGAGCGCCUCAAUAUCGCUCUCAUUGUUUACCUCAUCUUCAAGCAUCUCCCGAAUGUAAAUUUUGAGAUCAUAGUGGUGGAUGAUGGGAGUCCAGAUGGAACUCAGGAAAUUGUCAAACAGCUGCAGGAAGUAUAUGGAGAAGAUCGUAUCUUGUUGAGACCUAGACCAAAGAAGCUUGGCUUAGGGACGGCCUACGUUCACGGUUUGAAACACGCAACUGGAAAUUUUGUUGUCAUAAUGGAUGCAGACUUAUCACACCAUCCAAAAUACCUUCCAAGCUUUAUCAAGAAACAAAUGGAGACAGGUGCGAGCAUAGUUACUGGGACUCGGUAUGUAAAAGGUGGUGGGGUUCAUGGCUGGAACCUGAUGCGCAAAUUGACGAGCAGAGGAGCCAAUGUCCUUGCACAAACAUUUCUAUGGCCAGGUGUAUCCGACCUGACCGGAUCAUUCAGGCUUUACAAAAAAUCUGUGCUUGAAGAUGUUAUAAACUCCUGUGUGAGUAAGGGGUAUGUUUUCCAGAUGGAGAUGAUAGUUAGAGCUUCAAGAAAGGGUUAUCACAUUGAAGAGGUCCCAAUCACAUUUGUCGACAGAGUAUAUGGAAGCUCAAAACUCGGGGGAUCAGAAAUAGUCGAGUAUCUCAAGGGGCUUUUAUACCUUCUUGUCACAACUUGAAGGGAAUGAAAAGUGGAGCAUUUUGCAGAGUUUUCUAACCUGCCCAUUUUGAAGCAAGAAACAUAUCAGUUCUUUGCGCCUAUUGUACCACUAACUCAAUUUUGAUGCGACUGUAAACUAAAUUUUUAGAUUAGAAAUUAUAGUAGAUGCGACAGUAACCUGAUAAUAUGAUAAAAAAAAGAAUAUAUUUAUACAA